UAUCAUGGAUAUUUCUGGUAAAAUAUUGUAUGAUAAAGUUCGAGGUUUACGUUCUGAACUUUCAAAUGUUGUUACGCCAGAUCUAUUAGAUCAAAUUUGUGACAAUCCUUCAGUUCAACCGUUUUUAAAAUGGUUUUGUGAAAAUGUUAAUUAUGUAAAUGUUUUAUCAGAUGAGGAUAUUCAAAUAAAGAAUAAAUUACAAGAAACAAAUGAAUGGUUGGAAGAUUCAGAAUUAGAUCAUUCAUUAGAAGAAAUAACUAAAAAUUAUCCUGAUUUAUUAAAAAUCAUUUCUUUUGAUGACACAGAUAUUAAUGAUUUAUUUGCAGAAUUUGAAAUAUUAAAAGAUUCAUAUAAAGAAGAUGAAAAUUAUAUUCAUAUAUUGCAAAAUGGAAUUCAAAAUUUAAAGAAAUUAGAAAUAGAAUUAGAUAAUAAUAUAGAACAAGAAAAACAAUUAUUAGAUAGAGAAAAUAUUGAAGCAGACAAAGCAUAUAAAGAAUGUUUUGUGAUUUUAAAAGAUUUUGAUGUACAAAAUCAUAAAUGUUUUAAGGAAGUUGAAUAUCUUUUGAAUGUUUAUGCAGAUGCAGCUGAAAAUAAAGGAAUACCAUUGUUAUGGACUCAGAUGCCAUUAGAAUCUUUUAUUAAAAAAAUAGAAAUGUAUAGUCAUUAUUUAGAUGUUCAUAUAAAACGACAGUUUGAAAAUAUAUCAGAGAAUGAGCAAAAAAUUGAUUCUAAUUAUGUUUCCUCAAUUAAUGAUAAUAAAGAAAAAGACAUUGAUAAUAGACAAGAAUUGACACUAUAUAAAACAAAAUUAACUAAUGCAAAAAUAGAAGAAAUUUUAGCAAAAAUACAAGAAAAAUCAUACAUUGCAAUGUUUGAUUGCAUAAAAAAUAUAUAUAAUUUAGGAAAUUUGAAAAUACCAAAUCAAUCUGAAUUAAGAACAGAAAUUGUAAAAUUGACUAAAAAGAGAGAUUUCUUAGAAGAAGAAAUUUUAUUACAAGAAUGUCAGUUAUCAGAAAUAGUGCAACAAUUCUCAGAGUUAGAAAUAACUAAAGUUUUGAAACAAGAUGCUCAUAUACGACUAGAACAAACAAAAAAUCAUUUACAAAAAUUAAAAAAUCUUCAAUUUUUUGCACGAGAACAUGGUCAUGUGCACACUGAUUUGUUACGAAUAUUAAUGGAAAUGCAGUUUCAUUGUCUUAAAAAUGUUUCUGAAUUUGUAGCUGAUGUUUAUCACUAUUUAAAAACAGAAUAUUUGUUAUCAUUUACAAGAUGUGAAAGUAUGCAACAACAGCAAAAUGAAUAUUCUGCAACUAUAUUAUCUUCAUCAAAGUUACAUAAUUCAUUCCAUAAACUUUUUAUUUCAAUGUUAUGUAAUAAUGAUAAUAUACAUCAAUUAAAUCCAGUACUGGAUAAAUACAAUGAUCUUAUAGAUGAAAAUAAAACUAAGAAACAAUUCAUAUUGAAAACAUAUUUGAAUUCAAAAAUUCAAAGAUUAGAAAUAUUAGAAAAUGAAAUAAAUUUGCAAUAUUUAAAUGAAAUUCAAAAAGGAUCUACUCAUACAUUUAAACCAAUUACUUAUGAAAUUGAAACCUGUUAUGAUGAAACAUUUGAUAAUUUACAGAAGAUACAAAACGAUUUAUUGAAAAUAAGAAAUCAAAUGACAGAACGAAGGAAAGCGGAUAUAGGUUUCGAACGAGAAAAAAAUAUUCUUUGGCAACGAUUUUUAGUUGAUCCUGAUACAUUAAGAAAAAUAUAUAAAGAAAUGAAAUCUAUGGGAAAUAAAUCUUGUUUUAGUGAUUAAAAAUUAACGAAAUAUGUAAUAAUUUCAUUAUUUAAUAUUAUUUUGAUAUUUAUAAAAAUCUGUUAUUAUUAUUGUAAAACACUACUAUAUAAAUAAAUUAGCUUUGUUUCUUUAAACUUUACUGUUGAAAAUUAAAAUAUCGAAUUUAUGAUAGAAUAUGGAUUAAAGUUAUUUUUUCAAAAAUUUAAAAAGAAUAAAAUAUAAAUUUUAUUAUUUAAAAUUUUAAUUUUACAAUAAAAAAUUUUACAUUAAUCUUUUACAAAUAAUCAUAAAAUUUAUAUUAAUUAAUAAAAAUUGAAAUAAAAGUAAACAAUUAAAUUAAUAAGAAUUCAGGAAUGUAAUAGAAAUAUUUAAAUGUUUAAUAGGAAUCUUUAAAUAUUUUUAUUUAUUAUUGUUCACUGAAGAUAUAUGUUCAAACAUUGAAAUCAUUAUUCGAAUUUAUAUUUUAUACACACACACGCGCGCGCGCAGGCGCACACAUACACACAUAAAAUAGUUUGUUUAUUUCUAUAAAAUAAAUUAUGAUAAUAACUCGAUAUUUCGAAAAAAAAAUUAUAAUUAUAUUUUUGAUUCUGGAAAUAAAAUUUAUAUAUAUUAA